UACGAGUUAUACGUGAGCUAUCGACAGAUAAAGCUUGCUUUCGGGAAGAGCGUCUGUCUGAACCACAGUGAACACACCUUCACUCCUCUGGCUUUAAGUUGAACACUUCAUAGUGCACAAUGUCUGAGGAGCAGCAGGGUGGUGUGUGUGAUGUGUGUGAUGUGUCUGAGGUGUGUGAGGAGUGUGAUGUGGUGGUGGUCGGAGGAGGAUUGUCAGGUCUCUGUGCUGCGCGUCGGCUGAAGGAGAGAAACGAGAAGCUCCGAGUUCUGGUGCUGGAGGCCAAAGGUCGUGUAGGGGGUCGAACUCUGACUCUGAGUUUACCGGCUUCCAAUGGCCAUGACUCCUGGGACAUGGGGGGGCAGUGGGUGGGCAGCUCACAGACUCAUGUUAUGGAUCUCAUCCAGGAGCUGGGGCUGGAGGUUUACCCACAGUUCACUGAGGGGAUGAAAGUUCACCACCCGGGCGGUGUUAACGCUAAGAUCAGCACCUACACCUCCAGCAUUCCCUCUUUUCCUCCACUCGUCCUUCUCGACUUCAUAAACUUCCUGUGGAGGAUAGAGCGUCUGUGUAAGACUGUGUGUGUGGAGAAUCCCAUGGAGACUCCUGAUGCUCUGCAGCUGGACAGCAUGACAGUGCAGUCAUACAUGGAUCAGCACAUCUGGACCACACAGUUAACAGAGGAGCUGAAGUUGUGCACACGCUCCGUGUUCGGACUGGAGCCGUCCCAGAUGUCCUUCCUGUACUUCCUCAUGUACAGCGCAGCAGCCGGUGGAGUCAUGAAACUGCUGGAGAAUACGCCGGGGUCAGCACAGGAGUUUAAGGUCAAGGGGGGCACUCAGCAGCUGUCAGAGAGAGUCGCAGAGCAGCUCGGGAAAGAAAACGUGCGUCUGGGUUCAGCCGUGAUGGCCAUAUGGCAGAAUGAAGAGAGUGUGCAGGUGAAGACUGGCACAAGCACAAUCACAUGCAAAGCUGUCAUUGUUACCUGCCCCCCUCACAUGGCAGCUCAGAUCGAGUACCGUCCUGCGUUGCCUCUGAAGCGCCAGCGUCUGGCACAGUGGAUGCCUGUGGGUCACAUGACCAAGUUUAUCAUCACGUAUCCUACAGCAUUCUGGAAGCAAAAAGGCUUCUCCGGAGAGAUCGUGGCACAUCCCUCUCUAAGUUGCCCUUUCGGGGUCACCUUUGACGCCAGCAGUCCCCGCGGGAGCCCGGCGCUGGUGGGCUUUAUCGCCGGAGUCCAGGACUGUUACUGGAACAGCCGAGAGUUUGAAGACAGACGAGACGCCGUCGUUAGCAGCCUGGUGAAGUAUCUGGGCCCCGAAGCGGCCUCCUACAUUCACUACGAGGAGAAAGACUGGGCUAAAGAGGAGUAUAACGGAGGAUGUCCUGUCAACGUCAUGGUCCCUGGGAUGCUCACGUUCUACCUUCCCAGCCUCCGAACACCGUGUGGCAGGAUCUACUGGGCGGGAACAGAGACGGCGACGCGCUGGUGCGGUUACCUCAGCGGUGCGGUUCAAUCCGGCCAUCGAGCAGCUCUGGAAGUUCUCGCAGAUGUUUCUCCAGAUGUUCUGUCUGAGAGUGAACUCCAGGAAGUGAGAGCAGACCUUUUGAGGGCACCGUCUGAUCUAUCCCGGGUUUGGGAUCUUACAGGAGGCUCCGCCUCUUUCUCCCGCUUCCUCGUCGGCCUGACCGUCAUGGCGGUCGGUGUGGGCGGGGCCCUGUUCCUGCUCAAGCCGGAAUUGUGCAUUUCCCAAAAGACUUGCGGAAAGACGGACAACAAGAAAACCUUUUCUCUACACCACUUAUCCUACUGGGUCACUGGGAACCCGCUGUGUAUCCAAAUGCCAUUAAAGCUGCCUGGAGCACAAGGCAGGAGUGAGGCACCCUCAACAGGAUGGGAGUCUAUUGCAGUGCAUCAACUCUCUCUCUCUCACACACACACACACACACACACACACACACACACACACACACACACACACACACACACACACACACACACACACACACGAACAAUUUUUAAAUACCAAUCUGCCUUUAGUGCAGGUCUGUGGACUGGUGGUGGAAACCUGAGUGUCUGGACGAGGCCUGUGAGGCACGAGAAGAGCAGCAAGCUUCCCAUUUCCUCCUCAGGGUUCUCUGGUUUCCUCCUCUAAUCCAAAGACAUGUACUUUAUGGGGAAUACCAUCUCUAUUGUGUGUGUGUGUGUGUGUGUUUGUGUGUGUGUGUGUGUUCUGUAAUGAGUCCAUGGGUCAGUGGUUGUCAUGGUUGCCCGUGGGCAUGUGGUAGCCUAGUGAUUAAUGUGUUGGGCUACUAAUCGGAAGGUUGUGAGUUUGAUCCCAGGUCCACCAAGCUGCCACCGUUGGGCCCCUGAGCAAGGCUCUUAACCCUCAAUUGCUCAGCUGUAUAAAAAAAAAAUGAGAUAAUGUAAGUCGCUUUGGAUAAGGGUGUCUGCUAAAUGCUGUAGACCUCCAAGACCCCUGGAAUAGACCCCUGGUUCUCCGUAGAUGAUGCGCACUACAGAGAACGGAUGGAUGGAUAAAAUAAAUCUCCUGUAUAAAGUGUAUGUUUUAUUGUUUUGUAGAAAUGUCUUAAUGUCUGUUUGCUUUGGAAACAGCCGACGUUUAGUACAGCGAGCGGUCCAAAACUCCCACACACUCGCGUAUAUACAGUCCAU